AUGGAAGAUGACUUCAGCGAACGACAAGAAGAUGAAUUGCAGGUUCUGCAAGCAAUUUUCAUGGAUGAUGUGGAAGAUCUUCGAACCCGAGAUGCAUGGAAAGUGAAGCAGGCUGUGAAAUUGAGACUCAAGCUGUCUCCUCAACAGAGUUGUGGAACCCAUGGAGAGGUCUACGCCAGACUGGACAUGGUGGUCAAAUGUCCAACCAGAUAUCCAGAAGAGGUUCCAGACAUUGUAUUUGAGAAUUCUAAAGGGCUCUCUAAUAAGGAACUAGAUGAACUGAAGAGAGAAGUGGACAAAUUAGCCAACAGCUUGAAAGGAGAAGUGAUGUUACUUGAAUUGGCCCAGACUGUUCAACGGUACCUCCACCAACACAAUCGUCCUCCUGGAAAAUCUUUCUAUGAAGAAAUGAUGUCCAACAAGCGCGAACAGGAAGAAAGGCUUGCUAAAGAACAUCAGAAAAAACUAGAUAUCCUGAAAAAGAAAGAGGAGAAACAGCGUCAACUUUUGGAGGAUGAGAUAGAACGUAGAAAAGCAGCCCUGAAGGUGGAAACGAGGAAAAUUAAGUUUGAACAUCACCAGGAGAAUGAUUCACCGGUAAGCUCAGAGCCCUCCACGCCAUCAGCUGAGGUCAUCAAUUGUUCCCCUAUUGGGACACCUGGAACUCCACGUCGUAAACCCCGGGCGUCAGUAUCACCUUCACCUCUUAUUGUCCUCAACAACCAGGAAACUAAUGGUGAUCAGAGAACUCGACGACAAAGACGAACCAGCACUCCCCACCGUAACUCUGGAGGUGACGGCACUGAUCAACACUGUAAAGAUCAUGUUGGUGGAGUAGUUGUUUUGGCAUUCAACACAAAAGCUGAUCGCACCAUUAACCGUGGAAAGUGUAUGGGGCAUAGUCACAAUGGUAGUGCGGUGUAUGCCGGGAUAGACACACAGACGGGCGAUUUGGUGGCUGUAGUGGAGUGGGUCCUUAAGUGGCACAACAGUGGUCGCCAUCAAGUGACCAUGAACAAAGACAAUGACAAGGACAUCAGCCAAUACACAAAACAGGUGAUGAGUAUAGAACAGGAGAUGAACUCACUGAUCCAUCUCCACCACCCAAAUCUCAUUCACUAUCUGUCCUUCAAGUAUCAGAAGGAGGCUGACAAGAUCACCAUAUAUGUGUUGAUGGAAUAUUGUACUGGUUUGAGUAUGGAUACAUACACGAAGAAGAAUCAGCCAGUGGCCAUUGACCUUGUCAAACACUAUGCCGAGGAUCUCCUGCAUGCCCUCGAGUACAUACACAGUAAAGAUGUGGUGCAUAAAAGCUUAAGGCCGUCCAGCGUAUUUGUGGAUCACUCUGGUAAGGUACGCCUCUCUGACUACAGUGUAGACAAAAGGCUGACCGACCUGUAUCAGCUGGUGGAAACAAAUCGACCUGGUGUCCACUUCACUGAUCACAGGCCAGUUGCUGUUGGCAGAGGAGGGAAGAAAUGUGACGUUUUCCAACUGGGGUUGAUGUUGCUGUCCAUUGCUCGUGGAGAAGAAGUAGUGAUGACUACACCAGACAUACCUACCGUCUUCCCUAUAGACUUCCAGGAUUUCUUGACAAAAUGCCUGUUAAAAGACGACCGGCACCGCUGGGCAGUGCAUGAGUUGCUAGAACAUCCCUUCAUUAAGUCAUCCAUCCCACUGACCGUCCACUACACACAAGUCAAACCUUUGGACAAACCUCAAACUUCAGGUGAUGGAGAUAAUCAGAAAGAUGAAGAGGAGGAAGAAGAGGAAGAGAAAGAACAGCCAUUUAUUACUGCAUUUGAAGCCAGUGGACAAUCUCGGCUGACAAAUGAAUUUGAGGUUCUGAAAUCUCUGGGUAAAGGAGGCUUCGGAGAUGUAUUAAAGGUGAAGAAUAAACUUGAUGCUCGGAUGUACGCCAUUAAGAGAAUACCACUGAAUCCUCGCAGUAAACUUUUCAACAAGAAGAUUACGCGGGAAGUGAAGCUUCUGUCUCGUCUCAACCAUGAAAAUGUUGUCAGGUACUACAACUCCUGGAUAGAAACCAGUGAGGAUCCGGCAGAAAGUGAUUCUUCUUGGAGUUCUACCAACACACCCCAGUCGCCAUCUGUCAAGGCACCAACUCAACAGCCAUCAGCUUUCUUCCACAACACACUUAACCUGACUGAUGAUUUGGAGAAGUUCGCGCCCAAGGCAGUGCCCAUGGAAGAAUCUAUAGAGUGGAGUGUGUCGUACAAUGUUGGAGGAACAAACAUGCAGGAGUCCGACUCAGAAGACGAAGAGGAUGUGUUUGGUGCAUCAUUCUUACCAAAGUCAGACUCGUCCGAAGACAUUGUGUUUGAACAUAGCUUGGAAAAUCUAUUCGAGGAGGAGGCUACCACAAGCUUUGAGCCCUCAUCGUCUUCCAAUAAGAAAAGUCUAGACACAGACAAGAAAGAAGAAACAACUGAUAGCGAGGACAUGUCAUUGAUACCACGACUACAGUAUCUAUACAUACAGAUGGAGUACUGUGAGAAGAGUACGCUUAGGGACUGUAUAGAUGCUGGACUGUGCGAGGACCAUGACAGAUCAUGGCGAUUCCUUAGGGAGAUGAUUGAAGGUAUCCAACAUAUCCAUCAACAGGGCAUGAUUCAUCGUGACCUUAAACCUGUCAAUAUCUUCCUUGACUCCAAUGAUCAUGUCAAGAUCGGUGACUUUGGACUGGCCACUACCAACAUCAUACUCAAGAGUGCCUUGAUGGACGUGUCCAUGCUGACCAACAGCCUAGUGACAGAGAGUCACUACAAUUCACAGUCAGGAAGUGUCGGGGAUGGUCAUCUGACCGGUAAGGUGGGCACAGCCCUGUACGUCAGUCCAGAGAUGAUGACUGGGGAGAGCAAGAUCAUCUACAGUCAGAAAGUGGACAUGUAUAGUAUGGGAAUCAUCUUCUUUGAAAUGUGUUAUAAACCUCUCCCUACCGGGAUGGAGAGAGUCAAGAUCCUCAGCAAUUUACGACUCCCGGAAGUCAAAUUUCCUGAUGACUAUGAUCAGGUCAACUUCGAAAAUCAGACCAACAUAAUUAAAUGGCUGUUAAAUCAUGACCCUAGUAAGCGACCGACCUCUACUGAGCUGUUGCAAUCACCAUACCUACCCCCUCCACAACUGGAGGAGGCAGAACUCAAUGAAGUAUUAAGAUCUACGAUCUCCAGCACCAACAGCAAGGCUUACCGACGUAUGAUAGGGGCUCUCUUCUCACAGACGAUUAACUCAGUCGUUGAUGUGCUGUAUGAUACAGACUAUCAUAAAGGGCCGCUGAAUCUGAAGAUCACCCUCAUCCAGCAGCUUGUGAGAGAGACACUGAUACGCUUAUUCCAGAAACAUGGUGCAGUACAACUGACAACUCCCUUGCUCAUGCCGAAGUGUGGUGUUUAUGGGGUCAGUGAUGCCUACACCUGUCUCAUUGACCAUAGUGGUCAGCCUAUUGCUCUUCCUUUUGAUCUCAGGGUUCCUUUCGCUCGCUAUAUUGCUCGAGGGGGAGUCCAGCACCUGAAGCGUUUUUGUAUUGACCGAGUUUACCGAGAGAAGAUGCACAGUAUCCAACAUCCAAGAGAGAUAACUGAGUGUGUUUUUGACAUUGUGACACACAACCAGGGAAACUUGAUUCCUGAUGCUGAACUUCUGGUUUUGGUCCAAGAUAUCAUCAAUGAAUUUCCAGCUCUACAGGCAAGGAACUAUUAUGUGAGGAUAAACCAUGUGUUGAUUCUACAUGCGAUCCUGUCUCAUUACGGUGUACCAGAUGACCUCAAGGACGAGACUCUGCGUGUUCUGACUGGAGUCAAGAUUGAAAGCCAGAACAAAUCCCAUAUGAAGGCACUUAAUGACCUUGGUCUGAGUGAGUCAGUGACCAGCAGUGUCCUGAGUGCCCUGGAGAUGGAAGGGCCAUACAAGAAAGUGUCCAGUUUCCUUCGAAUCAUUACUAAAACCAAAGGACAGGAAGCGACGUUAGCCAAGCAAGGGAUACAUGAAGUGGAGGCAGUGAUAGGACAUGCAGAGGCCAUGGGACUCAAAUUACCUAUUGUGUUCAGUCUAGGAUGUAUCUACAAUACACAGCAGUAUUCUGGUGUCAUAUUCCAAAUUGUGUUUGACUUGAAGAGGAAGAAGCGCACUAUCCCAGACCUGAUAGCUGCGGGGGGCAGAUAUAAUGGACUGGUGAAGAAGUUCUUGUCUCCACUACCUUCCAGCUCCACACCUACUGGUCAUUACGCUGCCGGGGUCAGUAUUGCCUUCGAGAAGAUUGUAAUGGCAGUCGGGGAAAACAAGGAGUUUCAUCCACCUGGUCCAUUUGAUGUUCUUGUGUGUACGAUUGGCUACAACCCGAUGCUGAAGGAGAGGAUGGGCGUGGUCAGGGACCUCUGGGGGGCGGGGCUUAGGGCUGAUAUACUACUGGAUACACUCCAGAGUAUAGAGGACAUUCAGGAGUAUUGUCGUACCGUAGGAAUCACUUAUCUAGUCAUCCUGAAGGAUGCGGACACUGGCUGUGUCAGGGUGCGUUCAAUAGAAAGAGAAAGAGUGACAGAAAAGAAAAUUAACAUUCCUGAUCUACCUGAUUACCUCCAACCAAGGAACCAAACUUCUAAAAUUGAUCAAAAUGAAAUGCAGCAAAAUCAAACCGGGAAAAGUUCAUCUGCCAUUUAUCAGCCUCAUUCUGAAUACAGCCAAUCCUCCUCUAAUUUCACUAUCAAUUUCUCGUUUAUAAUGAUGGAAGGUGGACGCAUAGCAGCUAAUCACCGAAGGAAACUGGAGUCUCAGAUCUUCAGUAAAGUGGCGUCCACUCUGUCCUGGGUACAGACCAAAUCUUUUGAGGUGGUGUGUGUUGAGUUGACUUCAGCAGUAUUAAAAGUCAUAGCAGCAUUCCUAGAUUUUGACAAUUCAGAAAAGGAUUAUGAAGAUAGUGUGGCAGUAGUUAUGGAAAAGUUACAAAGACACCGAAAAUACCUCAGUAAAAUAACUGACCAAUUAUAUCAACUUAAGUUUGAGAGACAGUGCAGUUUUGUGGUUCUGUAUGGUAGUAAGGAUGAUAGCUUAAGGCUUCUCCUGUAGCUCCAAUUAUUUAUCUCUUCAAGAGAAAACAUUUUUGUCAUGUGACCAGUGCCAUGUGAUGGCUCAUGUGACUGUA